AUGAACAGCAAACAGGAGUGGCAGGAAGGGGCGCCCAAGUUGCAGCAGGUCGGUCCCACGACCUGCGCCUACUGUACCGCUACCUUUCCUUCCAUAGACGCCCUACGCGCUCAUAAAGCGAAAAAGCUCAAAGAAGAGAACCAUCCAGAUCGAGAGGCGGUGCACCUCUGGUGCGAAAUCUGCGACAUAGACUUUCACACCUUGGGCGGUGUGGGUGAACAUCUACGACAGUUUCAUGCUCACAAGCAAGACUUUCGUUGCCCCGGUUGCGACGUAAAGUUCGUAACGCUAUCCUCCUUUGUCAAGCAUGUGGAACUUGGCCAGUGUUGCCAGCUUGACAUCGAGAAGCUCCAAGCUCGGUUUGCGUCAAAGUUGAGCUUCGCGAAAGGUCUUGCACGACUUGAUCGGGCGAGCAGGCAAGAUGUGCCCAACAUAAAACCGAAGGACUUUUCCAUGCAUCUGGGACAAGACGCGGAGCCUGAAGCCCCUUGGCAGGAAAGUGCCAAUCUGCUGUCGGCGUGGGAGGGAAGAGAUACAAACGCAUGGGGCUCAUCAGAGCCUGUCGGCUUGGAUGAUGGGACGUUCCCGAGGAUGGCCCACCGCGAGUACUUUCAUGGAAGCACCAAAGCCCCAGAUAUCCUCACUGGAGAUCAAAGCAACCCCCUGGACGGGAAGUAUGAGGAGAACGACUGGGCCAGGGACAGGAACCUAUUCCCGAACGCGGCCCCCGCCCAGAAGCCAACUGCCGAGCAGUUACAGACGCUCAACGAUAAUCAGCAAGCUGCAGUUGAGCGUGCCCGCAGCUUGAACAGUGACACUGUCGACCCCAGUAGCCCCUACUUCGAUCCUCAGAAGUGCUGGCAUAACAUCCUCCAAAAAUACAAGUGUCCUCAUCAGGCAACAUGCAAGAAGACUUUCAACAAAAAGGAUGCGCUCAUACAGCAUCUCAAGUCAGCUACCCACAGCAGCAACAAACUUAGGUGCCCAUCCUGUCUGGACCGUUUCGAUACUGUUUACGCGCUCACCGCACACGUCGAGUCCCAGAGCCGCAAGUGUGCAAUGCGUCACGCCUUGAGUGAGUACGACAUGUACAGAAUAUUCCUCGAUCAACUUACGUGGGGAAUGGCUGAGGUUGGAGGCGUCCAUAAUGACUUCACUCAAAAAUUUGAAUUCCAGGAGGAGUUCAAACAGCUCUAUGGUACGCAGAAGACCUCAGGCCCAACUUUCGGUCACAAGCAGAUACAUGGAACCAACGGUAGAGGCAACUCGGCCCGCACUGUUCGACCAGGGCUCACGGAGGCGACCCUGAGCAAACAGCAGCAGCAGAUCAGAAGACACGGUCCGCCAUCCACGCCAUACGGACAGAAUGACAGCGGCCGUGGUGAUUCUGGCCCAGAGGUGGCCCUGACUGCGAAUGCGCUUUCCCAGCUUCAGCUACAAGAGAAACAUGCUAGCCCUUGGAGUCAGCACUCCGGCAGUCGUCAGCAGCAGCAGCGUCAACAGCCAGAGCAGCAGCAGCAGCAGCCCACUGGUUCCUGGGGUCCGUCCUCGGAGUCUCAGCAGCAGCAGCAGCACAAGAAUCGGCAGCAGCCCACUGGUGUCUGGGGCCAAUCCUCGGAGCCUCAACAGCAGACAAGCGGUUACGUCUGGGGUCAGCUCAGUGCUAUGGGUUGGGACACUUGGGAUCAACGUCCUGAACUUCUGCAGGAGCAGAAGGAUAGCGUUGCUAAUGCCGAGCCUCUUGGAUCAGGCUGGCGGCCGCAGAGAAAGGGUGGAGGCAGUUCUUGCAGUCGCUGGUGA